AUGGCGACCUCCCCUCUCCUCACACUCAUCUCACUCGCUCUCCUACUAGCCACGUUUCCACCAGCCAUGUCUCUCGUGCCGACCCUGGAAGAACAGGCAGGAGCCCUCCUCGCCUGGAUAUCCACACUCCAAAGCCACCCAGCCCAGCUGCAAAACUGGGGAAGGGGAAACAACGGUACAUGGCCAUGCAGCUGGCAUGACAUCAUGUGCAGCAAGCAUCCGGGGAAGGGGAAACAAUGCAAGCAUCCGGUGAAGGUGAUCACCGAGAUCUCUCUGCCGGGGCUGCGGCUGAGGGGGGACCUCGGCACCCUCAACUUCACGGCGCUGCGUACUCUUACGAGUAUCCACCUCUUCAACAAUCAGAUAAGGGGCUCCCUCCCACCCGCUUUAGCAUCACCCUUGCCUAACCUGCGGCACCUAAUGCUCCAGGAGAAUGAACUUUCCGGUGAAAUACCAUGGCAAAUAAAACACCUAGAGAGUCUAGUGGGGCUUGACUUGUCAGCCAAUCACUUAUCUGGUCCCAUCCCCACUGAACUAGGCUACCUACAGAAACUAAUUAGUGUAGAUUUAACGAGCAACAACCUCACAGGCCAUAUUCCAAGAAGUUUAGGGAAGCUCACUAAACUCACUCUCUUGUACCUUGGUGAUAACAAACUCUCUGGAUAUAUUCCUCAAGAACUAGGUCAUCUCUUGAAUUUGCAAGAGUUGUCUCUUAGGCAAAACAACCUCACCAGUUCCAUCCCUGAUACUUUUGGGGGUUUGAUUAACCUCACCGCCUUGUACCUAUGGGGUAACCAACUUUCCGGGCAUAUUCCUCCAGAAUUAGGGCACCUCGUAAGUCUGAAAAUAUUAGAUCUUAACUUCAACAAACUCAAGGGUUCCAUCCCCGAUACCUUCGGGUGUCUCAUUAACCUCACUGUUCUGUAUCUAUGGGAUAAUCAACUUUCCGGUCAAGUCCCUCGAGAACUAGGUUACCUACUGAAUCUUGAAGAUUUGGAUCUUAACAAGAACCAACUCAUGGGAUCCAUCCCCCCUACAUUUGGGAAUUUGACUAAGCUCACGACAUUGUACCUUUACCGUAAUCAAUUCUCAGGGUAUCUUCCUCGAGAACUAGGUUACUUGGUGAAUCUACAAAUGUUGGAUCUUAGCACGAACAAACUCAUGGGUUCCAUUCACGAUUCCUUUGGUGGUUUGAUUAGCCUCAUUGGCAUGUAUCUAUGGGAUAACCAACUUUCCUGGAAAGUUCCUCCAGAACUAGGUUACCUGGUGAAUCUGGAAGAUUUGGAACUUAACAAGAACCAACUUUCUGGGUGUAUUCCUCGAGAACUAGGUAAACUUGCCAAUUUAAAAGCAUUGAAUCUUGGCAAAAACAACCUCGUAGGUUCCAUCCCCAACUUCUUUGGAAAUUCGAGUAAGCUCACUACCAUGUUCCUUGCUGAUAAUCAGUUCUCUGGAUACCUUCCACAAGAAAUAGGUUUCCUGGUGAAUUUACAACGGUUGGAUGUUAGCACAGACAAAUUGAUAGGUUCUAUCCCCGAUAUCUUUGGAAAUUUGACAAAGCUCACCACCCUGCAACUCAGUUACAAUCAAUUAUUUGGACAAGCUCCUCGAGAAAUUGGCACCUUAAUGGAUCUUGAGCUACUGCAGUUGGAUGGUAACAAUAUAUCUGGUCACUUGCCACCUGAGUUGUGCGCUGGAGGCUGGCUGAAGAAUUUAACUGCAUCUGAUAACAACCUGAAUGGACAACUACCAUCAAGUUUGAUACACUGCAGAAGCCUAGUCAGAGUUUGUCUGGAAAGGAAUCAAAUAGAGGGAUAUAUCUCUGCUUUAGGAGUUCACCCAAAUCUUGUGUAUAUGGAUAUGAUCUCAAAUAAACUGUUUGGCCAAUUAUCGUAUACCUGGGGGCAAUGUCGUAAUCUUUUGAUGCUACGCAUCUCAAACAACAACCUUACAGGGAGGAUACCCGCAAGUAUGGGGAGACUAUCUCAGAUAGGGCUUCUUGACCUUUCAUCAGACAAGCUUGAAGGAAAUAUUCAUUGUUGGUAAUGGUACUUCUACGAGAGUGAAAUCAGUCUUCUUCCAAAGGACAAAAUUCAUUGUUGGUAAUGGCACUUCUACGAGAUUCUGAGAGGAUACGUGGUUAGGGGAGACGCCUCUAGCUCUCCAAAUUCUUCUCUCUAUAAUAUUGUUCAGCGUAGAGAUGCUUACGUUGCAAUAGUAUUACAGUCCAACCAUCUAAAUAUUCAA